AUGCGCCCCACUGCUGCCCCCCAGGUGGUGACGUACCUGGCCGGCUGCGGCCUGCAGAGCUGCCCCAUGCUGCUGGCCAAGGGCUACCCCGACCUGGGCUGGAACCCGGUGGGGGGCGAGCGGUACCUGGACUUCCUGCGCUUCGCCGUCUUCGUCAACGGUGAGAGCGUGGAGGAGAACGCCAACGUCGUGGUGCGGCUCCUGAUCCGGAGGCCCGAGUGCUUCGGGCCGGCGCUGCGGGGGGAGGGCGGCUGCGGGCUGCUGGCGGCCAUGCAGGAGGCCAUGGGCAUCGCGCAGGACCCGGCCCGCGACGGGCCCAGCCCCCGCAGGGAGCGCAGGAGGGAGCCGUUUGGGGCUGAGGAGCCCCCCGAGGAGGGCCGGGUGCACCUGGGCAACGCCAUCAUGUCCUUCUAUGGGGCACUCAUCGACCUGCUGGGGCGCUGCGCCCCCGAGAUGCACCUGAUCCAGGCGGGCAAAGGGGAAGCGCUGCGGAUCCGGGCGAUCCUGAGGUCCUUGGUGCCCCUGGAGGACCUGGUGGGGAUCAUCAGCCUCCCCCUGCAGCUGCCCAGCGUGGGCAAAGACGGCGCGGUGCUGGAGCCCCGCCUGGCCGCCAGCUUCGCCCCCGAGCACAAAGCCCCCAUGGUUCUGUUCCUGGACCGCGUCUAUGGGGUGGGGAGCCAGGAGCUGCUCCUGCGCGUGCUCGACGUGGGCUUCCUGCCCGACCUGCGCGCGGCCGCCUCCCUCGACACGGCCGCAUUCAGCACGACGGAGAUGGCGCUGGCGCUGAACCGCUACCUGAGCCAGGCGGUGCUGCCGCUGCUCACCAAGUGCGCGCCGCUCUUCGCCGGCACCGAGCACCGCGCCGGCCUGGUGGACUCGGCGCUGCACACCGUGUACCGGCUGUCCCGCGCCAGGGCGCUCACCAAGGCCCAGCGCGACCUCAUCGACGAGUGCCUCAUGGCGCUCUGCCGGUACAUCAGCCCCUCGAUGCUGCAGCACCUCCUGCGCCGCCUGGUCUUCGACGUUCCCAUCCUCAAUGAGUUCUCCAAGAUGCCGCUCAAGCUGCUGACCAAUCACUACGAGCGGUGUUGGAAGUACUACUGCCUGCCCAGUGGGUGGCCCAAUCACGGCGUGAGCUCCGAGGAGGAGCUGCACCUCACCAGGAAGCUCUUCUGGGGCAUCUUCCAGUCCCUGGCGCACAAGCGCUUCGACCCCGAGCUCUCCCGCCUGGCCAUGCCGUGCCUGUGCGCCAUCGCCGGCGCCCUCCCGCCCGACUACGUCGACGCCAGCUACUCCUCGCGCACCGAGAAGAAGGCGGCCGUGGACGCCGAGGGCAACUUCGACCCCAAGCCCGUGGAGACCCUCAACGUCAUCAUCCCCGAGAAGCUCGAUGGCUUCAUCAACAAGUACGCGGAGUUCACCCAUGAGAAGUGGGCCUUCGACAAGAUCCAGAACAAUUGGUCCUUCGGGGAGGCCGUGGAUGAAGAGGCCAAGACGCACCCGAUGCUGCGCCCGUACAAGACCUUCUCCGAGAAGGACAAGGAGAUCUACCGCUGGCCAAUCAAGGAGUCCCUCAAGGCGAUGCUGGCCUGGGAGUGGACGGUGGAGAAGGCCCGCGAGGGGGAGGAGGACAAAGUGGAGAAGAAGAAGACCCGAAAGAUCUCCCAGUCGGCCCAGGCCACCUACGACCCCAGCCACGGUUACAGCCCCCAGCCCGUGGACCUCUCGGGGGUGACCCUGUCCCGGGAGUUGCAGGCCAUGGCGGAGCAGCUGGCUGAGAACUACCACAACACGUGGGGCCGCAAGAAGAAGCUGGAGCUGGAGGCCAAGGGGGGGGGCUCGCACCCGCUGCUCGUGCCCUACGACACGCUGACGGCGCAGGAGAAGGCGCGGGACAGGGAGAAGGCGCAGGAGCUGCUCAAGUUCCUGCAGCUGCACGGAUACGCCGUGACCCGGGGCCUCAAGGACAUGGAGCUCGACUCCUCCUCCAUCGAGAAGCGUUUCGCCUUCGGGUUCCUGCAGCAGCUCCUGCGCUGGAUGGACACGGCCCAGGAGUUCAUCGCGCACCUGGAGGCCGUGGUCAGCAGUGGCCGAGUGGAGAAAUCCCCCCAUGAGCAGGAGAUCAAGUUCUUCGCCAAGGUGCUGCUGCCCCUCCUCCACCGUUACUUCCACAACCACUGCGGGUAUUUCCUGAGCACCCCGGCCCUGGCGCUGGGCUCCGGCGGCCACGCCUCCAACAAGGAGAAGGAGAUGGUGACCAGCCUCUUCUGCAAGCUGGCGGCCCUGGUCCGGCACCGCAUCUCGCUGUUCGGGACGGACGCUCCGGCCGUGGUGAACUGCCUGCACAUCCUGGCGCGCUCCCUGGAUGCCAGGACCGUGAUGAAGUCGGGCCCGGAGAUCGUCAAGGCCGGGCUGCGCUCGUUCUUCGAGGGGGCGGCCGAGGACCUGGAGAAGCUCGGGGAGAGCCUGAGGCUGGGGCAGGUGCCGGGGGGGCGGCGCGGCCCCAAGGGUGUGGGGCAGAAGCUGAGCUACGCCACGGCCGCGCUCCUGCCCCUGCUCAGCUCCGUGUGGCAGCAUCUGGGGCAGCUGAGGGCGGGGGAUGACGUCACAGUCGAUGACGUCCAGGUCUCCUGCUACCGCAUCCUCAGCAGCAUCUACUCCCUGGGUACCACCAAGAACCCCUACAUGGAGAGGCAGCGCCCGGCGCUGGGGGAGUGCCUGGCCCGGCUGGCGGCCGCGAUGCCGGUGGCCUUCCUGGAGCCCCACCUGAACCACCUCAACCCCUGCUCCGUGUACAGCACCAAGUCCGCCCGCGAGCGCGCCGUGCUGGGCCUUCCGAGCCGGGUUCAGGACCUAUGCCCGGACGUUCCAUCCCUCGAGGAGCUCAUGGGGGCCAUCGGGGCGCUGGCCGAGUCUGGGGCGCGCUACACGGAGAUGCCCCACAUCAUCGAGGUGACGCUGCCCAUGCUCUGCAGUUACCUGCCCCGCUGGUGGGAGCGCGGCGCCGAGGCGCUGCCCCACGGGCCCUGCCCCACGGCCGUCACCAGCGCCCACCUCAACACCCUCUUGGGUAACAUCCUGCGCAUCGUCGUCAACAACCUGGGCAUCGACGAGGCCGCUUGGAUGAAGAGGCUGGCGGGUGAGGGAUGGGGGGCAGAGGGAUGGGGGUCGGCUUCCAUGGGGCUUGGGAUG